AUGGCCCUACCCACAUUCUCCGGACUUAGGAAAGACUGGCCAGAGUUCAAGGCAGUCUGGAAGUCUAUGGCUGAGUCUGCAAGUUAUAAUAAAACUGCAUUAGCACACGAACUUAAGAACUCAGUUAAAGGAGAAGCCAAACACCGCAUCAAAUCUGUUUUUGUCACCAAGCCCGAAGCUUACGACAUCAUGUGGGAAAAGCUAGAGUGUCACUAUGGAGAUACCACUGCCAGUGUACAGCUGCUUUGGAAGAUCUUCAAAGGCUAAAACCUGUAAAAGAAGAAGAUUAUAAAGCUCUGGUUGAAUUAGUUGAUGAAGUUGAAUCUGCCUACAGUCAAUUGGAAGAGCUCAACCAGCUAAACACUUUAACCAUGCGAGAUGUAGACAACCUAACUGAUUUGUUACCUACCCAUCUUAAAGUCGACUGGAGACGAAAGUAUCGUGAUUUAUCGUCUGCCGAGAAGCUUCAACCAUUUACUCCGCUAAUGAAGUUCCUAGACAGAGAACGUUCAGUUGUGGCUCGUUUAGCAGAGAAUCAGCAUUCUAAGAAAAGAGGAAAUGACAAUGCAAGAGGGUACAGCAAAACCUAUCAUGUUGAAAGAGGUGCAAAACACGGACAAAGACCUACUACAAGUGUGCUUUCCCCACCCACAGAAAAGACACCAUAAAUCACACCACCGAACAGUGCAAAGAAUUCCAGAAGUUGUCCAUCAGCGGUAAAGAUGGCAGAUAUGAGUUGUUGAAGCAGGUAAACGCUUGUUUCAAAUGUUUUGGUAAUCAUAGGAAGCUUAACUGCCCCAAAAAACUCCCAUGUUCCUCAUGUGGAAGUGACCAACAUCAUUCCCUGCUGUGCAUCCCACCAAAGCUCCCAAAAGAUUCCGGGGAGAAAUCGAAAACUGGAGAUGAUGGAAACAAGGAAUUAGCAUCCUAUACCGUAGAAAGUGAUUCAAUGGCAUUAUACCCUAUCCACCAAGCGACCAUUAGCGACAGUGGUAGAAAAGUGUCCGUCUUCUGUGAUGGAUGCUCUAACGCAAGUUAUAUCACUCAUCGUGUUGAGGAAAGAAUCAAAGCAAAGAAAGUUAAAAAACUCUCUCUUGACGUGACAACUAUGGGAAAUGUCGAGAAAACGUAUAACACGUGGCAAUACGAGUUUCCAAUUAACACAAGUGCUGGAAAGAAAGUCGCUAUUACGGCCUUUGGCAUGGAGCGAAUUACUGGACAAGUAAGCAAACUGGAUCCUAAAGUCCUGGUAAAGUUAUUUCCAGAAUAUGAUCCUGAAACACUCCAGCGAAAGUCAACACACGUGGAUGUCCUGCUGGGCUGUGAUUACUUCGGUCUCCAUCCAAAGCUAGAAGAAGCUAGAUGUGGCGACAAUCUAAGUAUCAUGAAUGGAGCAUUGGGGAUUUGCCUCCAAGGCGCCCAUCCAGAUCUGAUCGAAGAAACAAGAUAUGACACCAACCUCGCAAAGAAAAUACACGAUGUGAACGUGAAAGUGGAGACAUACAAGACACGCUUGGACUCACAUCCAGAGUUCCAUUCCAACCAUACCAGAGAAUGUUCUGUUAAUGUAUCGAGUUCCUAUAGUCACCGAAAGGACGAAAGUCAGAUUGACAAUUUUGUACAAGGAGAAGAACUUGCCACCGAAAUUUCUCCACAAUGUGGUGGAUGUCGCUGUAAUAAGUGCCCUACUGUCGGACACACUUACUCUUUCAAGGAAGAACAGGAAUUAAAACUGAUUCAAGAAAACCUCGAGUACGAAGUUAACCAAUGCUGGAUAACCAGUUAUCCCUGGCUCGUAGAUCCACAAAGUUUACCCAACAAUUAUCACACAGCACUUGCUACGUUAGAAAGAACUGAAAGAACGCUUAAGAAAGAUGACCAAUGGGCUAAGACGUACAAGAGCCAAAUGGACGAUAUGGUCGAUCGUUGUGUAGCAAGAAAACUAUCAUCCGAAGAAGUAAAGAGCUGGACUAGCCCGGUGUUCUAUAUCUCCCAUUUAGCAGUUGUUAACCCGCAUUCCAAUUCUACGCCCGUGAGAAUUGUGUUCAACUCCAGCCAAACGCACAAAGGUGUUUCAUUAAAUGAUUGUCUCGCAAAAGGUCCAGACAGCUACAUGAACAACUUGGUUGAUAUUCGAAAGAUGUUCAACUCGGUUUAUUUGAAGGCCUUGGAACAGCAUUGCCACCGUUUCCUAUGGCGAGAUUUACAGCAGCAUCGCCCACCGGACAUUUACGUAAUACAACGAGUCAAUAUGGGCGAUACACCAGGCCCCGCCAUCAGCACAGAAGCUGUCUACAAGACCGCGGAGUUGUAUCAAGAGGAUAGUCCACAAGCCGCAAAUCUCCUAAAACAUUCCAGUUACGUGGAUGAUUUGAUUGACUCACGUCUAAGUAAACCCGACGCGUUAACGAUUGCCAAGGAAGCCGAGGAUAUCCUUGCCAAAGGAGGAUUUGCUGUAAAGUGCUGGCAAUUUAGUGGCGAAACACAACCUCGCGUGAAAGAAGAAUUGUUAAAAUUGGACCUGCCAGAAAAGAGUGUUGAAAGCUCAGACCAAGGACUAAUAAUGUUAAAAGGAACUGACGAAAACAUACGAGUGCUCGGUCUGGGAUGGAACCCGAAGAAAGACACCAUCACCUAUGAAGUAACUUUGAAUUUCAGUAGCAAGAGACGCGGAGUUCGAACCGAUCCAAACCUGCUAGAAAGCGACCUACCAAGUGCAUUACCGAAUGUGUUAACCAGACGAAUCGUUCUUGAGCAAGUAAUGAAGAUUUAUGACCCACUCGGACUGAUUUCUCCAUUUACAUUGAUGGCCAAGAUAUACUUACGCGAAAGCUGGUCCCGCAAGCUCGGAUGGGAUGAUCCACUUCCAGCAGAACUUUGCAACAAAUGGUCCAAUUUCUUCACUGCUCUUUUCAAACUUCAGCGUUUGUGUUUGGAGCGAUGCUUACGACCUGUGAAUAGUGAUGAACGCCCUUGGUUAAUAAUCUUGAGCGAUGGUAGUGAUCUCGCGUAUGGCUUUGCAGCUUACAUUCGAUGGAAAUUGGAUGAUGGAAGCUACUGGUGUAGGUUGAUCAUGGCGAAGUGUCGUAUUGCUCCAAUCAAUAAGUUAUCUACCCCUCAGAUGGAGUUAAACGCAGCUGUUCUGUCGAAAAGAGGAAGAAAGGUCAUCGAGAAAGAAAUGAGGUUCGACUUCGAAACAGUUUUACAAAUCGUGGACUCAGAAACAGUCUUGAGUAUGAUCCACAAGACAAGCACACGUUUCAAAGUUUACGAGAGAGUACGAAUCGGAGAAAUUCAAGCAGCAACUGAAGGAGAUCUGACUUGCUGGGCUUGGAUGUCUGGCCAACAUAAUACAGCUGACUGGUUGACACGCGGCAGAGCACCAGAGGAGCUGAACAACGACUCUCAUUGGUGGAACGGACCGCCGAUUCUAUACCGACCGAUAGAAGAAUGGGGAUUAAAGUUUAACCCAAAGAAAGAACCACUCCCCGGUGAAAAGAAAGUCCAUGUUGUAGCAGCAGCGAGCGUAGAGGCAUUGUUGAUCGACUAUGAAAGAUUCAGCAAUAUCAACAAAGCUAUUUGGGUCGUCGCCAGAUUGCUAAACAUUGCGAAGAAGAAACGUUUUAAAGGCGGAAGAACUGUGUCCAUCUCGGUUAAGCAAUUACAAGAAGCCGAGAACUUUAUGGUUAAAGAAGUUCAGAAAUCAUUUGAAAGUGAACUGACAAAAACUGACCGCAAAGGCAGAAAAGGUGGUCGUUUCGCUUGUUUGAAUCCAGUCCAAGAUGAAAGUGGACUCUGGGUAGUGGGACAGCGCCUGAAGAACAAAACUCCCAUGACAGUGGAUUCUUCGCUGCAAAAGCUAUUGCCCUACCGACAUCAUGUUACCAGACUCUUCAUGCAACGAGCUCACACUUCUGGUCAUAGAGGGCGUGAUGCAACCUUAGCACGAUUCCGUCAACUCUACUGGGUAACCCAAGGAAGCAAACUCGCUCAAUCAAUCAAGAGUAAAUGUCAGAUGUGCAAGCUACGAGAAGCAAAGUUCCUCGAGCAGCAAAUGGGACAAUUACCGGAAGCAAGAUUGAAACCAUCUCCAGCUUUCAACCACGUUAUGAUAGACCUUUUCGGACCCUACUCGGUUCGUGGAGAAGUACAGAAAAGAACAAGUGGUAAAGCGUACGGAGUAAUCUUCACAGAUCUAGUUAUGAGAGCAGUCCACAUUGAAGUUGUGUUCGGGUACGAUACCGAAUCAUUCCUAAUGGCCCUCAGCAGAUUCGUCAGCGUUCGUGGUUGGCCCGAAAUCAUAUAUAGUGAUCCCGGAUCACAACUAAUUGGUGCGGAAAGAGAACUCACGGAAACCUGGAAGAGCAUUGACCGACAAUCCCUACAUAAAAGUGGCACAGAGAAUGGGUUGACCUGGAUCUUCGGCCCCGCUGAUAGUCCUUGGUACCAAGGAGCUGUAGAAUCCCUGGUGAAGAGUGCCAAGAGAGCUACCCUUGUAGAACCAAACACUAUUUAAUUGCUAUUUAAUUCCUAUUUUAUUGGGCUAUUUAAUUCCUAUUUGUCAAAGUAUUUAUUUCCUAUUUUUACUAUUAUUUUUUUUCGAG